AUGAAGAAACAAGUCAACAUCAUCUACAGCGACAAACAGAACAGGAAACAAGUCAACAUCAUCUACAGCGACAAACAGAACAGGAAACAAGUCAACAUCAUCUACAGCGACAAACAGAAUAGGAAGCAAGUCAACAUUAUCAACAGCGACAAACAGAAGCAGGAACAAGUCAACAUUAUCAACAGCGACAAACAUAUGCAGGAACAAGUCAACAUUAUCUACAGCCACAAACAGAACAAGAAACAAGUCAACAUCAUCUACAGCCACAAACAGAACAAGAAACAAGUCAACAUCAUCUACAGCCACAAACAGAACAAGAAACAAGUCAACAUUAUCUACAGCCACAAACAGAACAAGAAACAAGUCAACAUUAUCUACAGCCACAAACAGAACAAGAAAGAAUUACAAACUUCCAAGCUUGUUCCAAUUAAUCACGUGACGUGGAACGUCACCCUCUUCGAUACAGCCUACAAACUUCACUCACCUAAUUAA